AUGAAAAGUAUUCUAGACAAUUGUGGAUUUUCUUACUUAUGGUCAUUCCAAAAUACACCACCUAACAUUAAAUCGACAAUUAAACAAAGACUAGAAGAUCAGUUUACACAGUUAUGGAAGCCCACAUAUAGAGAAUACAAAAGAAAUAACCCAAAAACUAUCAUCAUGGAAAUCAACGCAAGAGUAGUAGCAGUAAUUCAGGGGAACAGCCUACCUCCAGUUGCUCCACGUGUGAGGAACUACGUGGACAACCAGAUGAACAGGCGUCUCCGACGAGUUGGUAUGCCAUACGGCUAUGUGGCUCCACGACUAGAGGCACCACGAUGCUCCCGUCGUCUUUUAGGGUUGGAGCCAGAACCAGUCCCUGUCCCAGUUGCCUCUCCUGAGCUGCCAAGAAAUGAUCAACCUGAACAUUUCGAUGCAGUUGUACCUCGGGCACGAUUAUUCUCUGUCAUGGUUCCUGAAGCAGCUAUUCAAAUUGCUGAUGACAAGGAUGAUAUGGUCGAGGAGGAGCUCUCGGUUUUGGAGUCAACUCUGGAGGAGGAAGAGGUCAUCGAGCUGUCUGUGCUGUGUGGUAUAGACACAAUGGUGGAGGACCCAGCCGACUGGUUCCUGGAGGAGACUGUGUCUUGCCUGCCAACAGAGGAGGAGACUGUUGUGUUCGAGGAGGUAGUGGAUGAGGAUGCAACAACCAACCAUGCUGAAGAGACUCCAGUCACUCCAGUCACACCGUAUGUUGUUAUAGGUAAUGAUGUAGGUGUUCCUUUGGACGGGGAGGUGAUCCCUGCUCCAGUGGUUGAGGUUGCUCCUGUCCCUGAGGCAGCUGGGAGGUUUGCUGGGUGGAGACAGGUGGCUAGUAGAGUGCUAGGCUGCCUUGUUCCUUCAUACCAAACUGUCUUGAAGCUGUCUAGUUUUUUGGUUAAUUUUUGGUAA